AUGUUAUCUACUUCUCACCAUGACGACGAUGGUGAUCUUAAGCCAGAGCUGGAUAGUCUCCAUGCCGUUAACAAUUGGGGUUUCUUUCAGUUGAUGAACCAUGGCGUGAGCGAGUCGCUGAUAGACAAAGUAAAAGCAGAGGUUGAAGGGUUCUUCAACCUGCCGAUGGAAGAGAAGCGAAAGUACUGGCAGAGACCUGGGGAAAUGGAGGGAUUUGGGCAGGCCUUCGUGGUGUCUGAGGAACAGAAGCUUGAUUGGGGAGAUCUGUUCUACACGACUGUCCUUCCUAAAUAUCUUAGGAAGCCUCAUCUCUUCCCUUGGCUCCCUCUCCCACUAAGGUUUGUCGAAACAUUGGAAGAAUAUUCAGCAGCACUCAAGGCGUUGUCAAUGACCAUUCUCGAUCUAAUGGCGGAAGCUCUGAGGAUGGACCAGGGCGACAUGAAGGUGUUGUUCGAGGAAGGGUGGCAGAAGUUUCGAAUGAACUAUUAUCCUCCAUGCCCGCAGCCGGAGCUGGUGAUGGGCGUCAACUCUCACUCCGACGCCGCCGGUCUCACCAUACUGCUGCAAGUCACGACCGAAACUCAGGAUUUGCAUGUUAUGAAAGACGGUAACUGGGUUCCUGUUGUUGCUCUCCCAAAUGCGUUCAUCAUCAACAUUGGCGACACUCUGGAGAUAUUGAGCAAUGGGAUGUACAAGAGCGUCGAGCACCGGGCCACCGUCAACUCCGACAAGGAGAGGAUUUCGUUCGCCACUUUCGUGAGCCCAAAGCUGGAUGGGGAUUUGGGCCCGGCCCCUAGCCUGCUGAUUAAUACCCAAGCCCAACCAAAGUACAGAAAGAUCGGCGUCGCAGACUAUUUUAAAGGCUACUUCCGCCGGGAACUCGCCGGCAAAUCUUACGUCGAUGUCAUGAGGAUUCUGCCAACAUUAAUUACUCCAAAAGCAGGCCCGGCAUGA